GCAUAAUUCGAGACUGUCAGACUUUAUCAAUAUACUUUGCUUAAGCGUACAUGGCAGUUCUGGUGAAAUUUUUAUUAAUACACUUUGAUUUACAAAUAUAAAUUCUACAUCAAAAUUUAGAAAAAAUAAAUGAAACUACAUAUAUGUAUUUUGCGCCACUAUAAUCCACUAAUAAUGGCAUGCAGCGAAGGAAAAAAAUUUAAUUCUCAAGCGCCUGAGUGUGAUAAACUUGACUGUUGGUGCUUCCCAGAGCCAUAUAUCGAACAAAAAGUAAAGCUACAAAACAAAAAACAUUGUUGGCUAUAUCCUAAACGCGAGUCAAACAAGUUGAAGCAGGUGUUACCGAAUUUUGAUCACUGCAAAACUUUAUAUACAAAAUGCGAUUAUAGACUUGAAAACUAUGUUUCCAAACAAUUAUUAUUGAUUGAGGAGCAAAUUCGCAAGCAUAUAAACCAAUUAAAUAUUGAAAUGCUUUCGCAACGAAAAUUAAUAGAUGAAGAAUGGAGGCUGUCGCAAAGAUUCUUGCUAUUAACGCAAUAUCAUGGCUGCGUUAAACUCUACCCGGAGAUUGUUUCUCUACCAGCAGAAAAUGAAACCAAGUGCAAAUUCCAAGAAAAGUUGAAUGCAAUAAACUGUUCUAAUUGCCGCUUGGCUUCGUCAUUAGAUGCAUUAAAAUUCGCCAUUCAGAAGUUGAACCUAUUAUGUGCUCAAUUGGAUAUGACGGUCGAAAGCCCUUUUAUUACAGGGGACUAUAAAAUUAAACCAUUAUCGUAUUACCGCCAGUUAAUUGAUGAUGCAUUUGAUUAUUUCAGUGAUAUAUUGUGCAAACUGAAACGUUGGGCACAGUUGCUUGAUAUAGGAGAUGCUAAUGCCAUCGACGAAUAUAAAGCUAUAUUAGAUCCAACAAAGAGCUAUGAUGAGGUCAUGAAGAUUGGCAAAAUAAGCUGUACUUGCUUGCGUACCAAAAAACAUGAAUGCAUAAAUAAUUUUGUCAACAAAUGCAAUUAACUUGAACAUAUUCGUAAUAUUUAAGGUUUGUUUUGAACAUUUUAAACAAACAGAAAUAAAUACAUGCAACAUAACAUGUUUUU